AUGCACUCUCCGAUACGAAACAACUUCAAGAUCUAUCUAUCUAUCUAUCAAUCUAUCUUACUAGCUAUCAUUUCAUUCUAUCUAUCCUUCCAUAUUUCAAUUUUUGUUGUUAUCAAAUCUGGGAAUAUUCAUAUCUAUCCAUCUAUCUAUCUAUCUAUCUAUCUAUCUAUCUAUCUAUCUAUCUAUCAUUUCAUUUCAUUCUCUAUCUCUUUCUCUAUCUAUGUUCGUAUCUAUCUGAGAACAUUCCUAUCUAUCUAUCUAUCUAUCUAUCUAUCUAUCUAUCUAUCUAUCUAUCUAUCUAUCUAUCUUGAAUGUUUUUUCUCAACACAAGCUAUCUAUCAUUCUAUUUAUCAAUUUUGUUGUUAUAUAUCUGGGAAUAUUCUAUCUAUCUAUCUACCUAUCUAUUUAUCAUUUCAUUUCAUUACCUCUCUCUGUCUCUAUCUAUGUUCUUAUAUAUCUGAAAACAUUCCUAUCAUCUAUCUAUCUAUCUAUCUAUCUAUCUAUCUAUCUAUCUAUCUAUCUAUCUUAGUCUGUUCAUAUCUACUUUUGUCUGAUCUAUCUAUCUAUCUAUCUAUCUAUCUUAUCUGUUCAUCUAUAUUUUUAUCUGAUCUAUCUAUCUAUCUAUUUUCAUUUCAUUCUCUAUCUCUUUCUCUAUGUUCGUAUCUAUCUGAGAACAUUCCUAUCUAUCUAUCUAUCUAUCUAUCUAUCUAUCUAUCUAUCUAUCUUACUCUAUUCCUUUCCAACUUAAGCAUCCUCUCCUUAAAUAUUUUACUUCUCACAGACAAAUCGUUUUAUGUGCUGAAUAAUCUCUUCCUUUUCUGA